AUGGCUGUGCCGGAGUCUUUUCCUUCUGACGAUCGCGAUUUCACUGAUUCGCGUGAAGAUGGUGAUGAUACUGGAUUUGAUGCAAAUCUAUCAGCUCGAUCGUUGACAACGUCAAAUUCCGAGUCCCAGAUCGUGAUGAACGGCUCUCUAUCAAAAGAAAUGCCAUCCUCCCUGUCACUAUUACUCCUCCAGCCCAGUCAGAAAUUUGGAGAUGAAAAUGCUCUUCACGAAGCAGAGAUCGAGAUCAUGCCUCCACAUAUUGGCGUGAUAGGAACAUCUGCCCAAAUUCCAGAAGCCCCUGCAGAAGCCUCUGAAGUGGAUCGCACAGUCCAAGCCUUCUCUGCGCCCCACAUCCUUGACGCUCAGGCCAUUGUAGAUCCGGAUGUCGAUCCGAAGAGCGAUCGCGCAGAGCAUGUACAAGCAAUAACGCCGCAAUUAACACCUAUCCCAGAGGCAGUUGAAGAGGAGAUCCAUGAAGAACAAGGCCAAUUCCCAGAUCCAGAGUCGUCCCCGCUGCGUUCCGCGGACGAAGAAAAUUCAACUUUGCGGGCGGUGACGUCCACCGACGAAGCCAGUGUAUGGCCAUCGACGAGGUCGACUUCAACCUCGCUAUUGGAAAAUCACAGUGAAACUAUCGCAAUGCAGCCGGAGAAUUUUGCAAAUCCGUCAUCGUGGAUUCCAUCGGAUCCUGAGCUGGAGGAUUCCUCGAGUCAGCUCCAUGAUACAGAAGAGAGGGUCGACAUGUCCUCCACGGAAGAUUCGACCAAUGAUGUCGAGGGUUCUAUAUUCGACAAUGACGACGACUAUCAUUCCGAUACAUCUACUUAUACUGCUUCCCUGUUAUCAGAUGUAAAAGACUACGCUUAUGAAAAUGGUCGACGGUAUCACUCCUACCGCGAAGGCCACUAUGUCCUCCCCAACGACGAGCAAGAGCAAGAUCGACAAGAUCUACUCCAUCACGUCCGCAACCUCGUCCUCAACGGCGCGCUACUCCGCGCUCCGCUGGGAAAAUCCAUCCAGCGUGUCCUAGACAUCGGCACCGGCACGGGAAUCUGGGCCAUCGAUUUCGCGGAUAGCUAUCCCAGCGCCGAAGUCAUCGGCACAGACCUGAGUCCCAUCCAACCAUCCUGGGUACCGCCCAACCUGCGCUUCCUGGUCGAUGAUGCCGAGGAGCCGUGGCUGUUUAGCGCGAGUCGGCCCUUUGAUUUUAUUCAUGCGCGCGACUUGGGUGGUGCGAUUGCUGAUUGGCCGCGGUUACUGCGACAGGCAUAUGAGCAUCUCAAGCCCGGUGGAUGGAUCGAGUUGCAGGAAUUUGAGGUUACGCUGAAAUCAGACGAUGAUACGUUACGGCUUGCGCCAACGUUGUGCGAGUAUCUGGGACGAUUGCAUGAGGCCAGUGAGGCGUUUCAGCGACCGAUGAAUAUUGCUGAGGGACAUCGGCAGCGGGUUGUAGAGGCUGGGUUUGCAGAGGUUCGAGAUGAGGUUUACAAGGUAAGCCCGAUGGACCCUGGUUCUGUUAGUUAG